AUGUAUCGUGAAUUAACGAUUUCCAGCGACGUUCCAGCUCCCAAGCUGACUAAAGCCCUCAAGACAGGUAAGCUAAGUCUUACAUCUGAUCAACUCAAGGGUUCAGGCUCUGUUAUCCAUCUCCACCCAGCUUCGUAUGAGAAAGCGCUAAAGGCACGCAAGGCAGGUCGUGGUGUUAGACUUGACAUUACCAGACACGAGAUCAAGAAAGGUUACAAGAAACUCCAAGGGGGAUCCAUUUGGAGUAAAAUCAAAUCUGGGUUAUCAACAGCAUUCAAAUUUGUAAAAGACAGCGGAUUGCUUUCAAAGGGAUUAGACGCGGCGGUUCCGGCUCUUGCGACAGCGUUUGGAGCCCCUCAAGCAGGAAUCCCCGCAAGAGCAGCUAUUAAGUCAUUGACAGGGGUUGGAGUAUAUGACUCUGACAGCGAUGUAGAGAAAGAAGGUGGCCGUAUUUCGGUAGCGGAUGUUAAGAAGGCGGCAAAGAAUGCACUAUCCUACGCUAAGCGAAAGGGGCUUCUAACCGAUGCGGUCGAUGCAGGUGAAAAGUUUUUACUAUCAAAGGCAAGCAAACCGGAACAUGAAACUCUAAUCAAGUCAGUGCGAGGUGAGGUAAAGAGACGUUAUGGUGUGGGAGUUUCUAAGAAACCAGCUAAAGGCAGUCCUGAAAUGAAGGCUAAAAUGGCCGCUUUGCGUGCUAAACGGCGAGGGGGAAGUUUUCGGUUAUGA